UCUUACCGACAUUCGCAUGGCUUGUGAAUGCAACACCGGGGACAUCACUGCCUGUAGAAGGAGCUCUUCAGUCUUACCUAAUCCAAAACCAAACGUACACAAACAUGGCGAUAACACAAACAGGCAGGAUGCCGUCCUCUCUUCGGUGUUCGUUGUAUAUAUUAGUCCUCGGGGUUGCUGGAAUCAAUCCGUCGACUCUUCGUCUUCACCCGGAGCAGCGCUACAUGCUGCCUCAAAACAGAGGAUUCUGCACAAUAGAAGCAAGUGAGGAUUUCCCGGACGGAGAUGGAGGAGGCGCCGCGGCUCCAGCGCUGCCUCUGGCCGACCGUAGUGGCUCUGAAGGCGGGUCGGACUCCGGUACCUACCCGCAGCAUCGAAGACGCCGGAGCACUGGUGAAUCGACCAUGCCGAAGGUGUACGGGCAGGCCAACCUGAAUGACUCUCAUAACCAGAUGGUGGUCCACUGGGCUGGAGAGAAGAGCAAUGUCAUUGUAGCCUUGGCCCGAGACAGCGCUGGAGCCACCGGGCCCAGGACCAGCUCUGUCUAUGUGUCCUAUGAUUACGGGACCACUUUCAUGCUUGUCUCAGACAAGUUCCAGCUUUCAGGGGCCAGGUUCAAGGAAGGAAGCAAGCAGGUCAUCUCCCAGUUCUACCACAGCCCUGCAGACAAUCGGAGGUACCUUUUUGUAGACUCCACCAACAACUACCUGUGGAACACCUUUGACUUCUGUAAGAGCAUCCAGGGCUUCUCGCUGCCCUUCAAACCAUCAGACCUGCUGCUCCACAGCAGAAGAUCCAACCUAGUACUGGGUUAUGACAGCUCUCACCCAAACAAACAGCUGUGGAAAUCAGAUGAUUUUGGUGAGACAUGGGUGUUGAUCCAGGAGCAUGUGAAGACGUACUUUUGGGGUGUGGAACCCUAUGACUCCCCAACCACAGUGCUGGUCCAGAGACACGAGCCCCAGGGGGUCUCCACUGUUCUCAGCAGCACAGACUUCUUCCAGAGUGAACAGAACCACAGAGUGAUCCUGGAGCAGGUGGACAGCUUCCAGAUCCGAGACAAGUACAUGUUCGCCACCACCACACGGAAACUGUUUGGCAGCCAUGAACCUUCAUCUGUUCAGCUCUGGGUUUCCUACAACCGCCAGCCGAUGAAAGCUGCCCAAUUUAUGACUCGCCAUCCAAUCACAGAGUACUACAUAGCAGAUGCAUCUGAGGACCAAGUGUUUGUGUGUGUGAACCACCUAAACAACGUCACAAACCUCUACAUCUCAGACACACAGGGCCUGUCCUUCUCUCUGUCACUGGAGAAUGUGCUAUAUUACAGUCCUGAGGGCUCUGGCAGCAACACACUCAUCAGGUAUUUCGCCAGUGAGCCUUUUGCAGACGUGCACCGCGUGGAGGGGCUGCGAGGCGUCUUCAUUGCCACGCUCAUCAAUGGCUCGGUAAGCGAGGACAACAUGCGAUCCGUCAUCACUUUUGACAAGGGAGGGACAUGGGAGCUGCUUCAGCCCCCUGCUGCCGACAGCCUGGGAGGAACUGUGGACUGCCAGCUCAGUAAAGGUUGCUCUCUUCACCUGGCCCAGCGCUGGAGCCAGCUCUUCAACAUCCAGCUGAGGAGGAUGCCCAUUUUAUCCAAGGACUCUGCACCCGGGGUCAUCAUGGCCACAGGAUCUGUGGGCAGGAACUUAGCCAGCAAACCUAAUGUGUAUGUAUCUAGCAGUGCUGGAGCCCGCUGGAGAGAGGCACUGGCAGGCCCUCAUUUCUACACAUGGGGUGACCAUGGUGGUAUCCUGAUGGCUAUCGCACAAGGAGGCGCCACCACACAUCUUAAGUUCAGCACCAAUGAAGGUGAGACAUGGACCGACUUUAAGUUCUCAGACAAAGAGGUGUAUGUUUACCAGCUACUGACAGAGCCGGGGGAGAAGAGCACCAUCUUCACCAUCUUCGGCUCCUACGCCAACCAGAGACACAGCUGGCUCAUCCUUCAGGUCAACACCUCCGACGUUCUGGGUGUGCCAUGUUCAGAGGCUGACUACAAACGCUGGUCUCCAUCAGAUGAUCAUGGUAAUGAGUGUCUGUUGGGCAGAGAGAUAACAUUUAAGAGGCGAGCUCCUCACGCUACGUGUUUUAAUGGAGAGGACUUCGACCGGCCCGUCACCAUCUCUAACUGCUCCUGCACACGCCAGGACUAUGAAUGUGACUAUGGCUUCAAGCUGAGUGAAGACCUGUCUCUGCAGGUGUGUGUGCCUGACCCUGAGUUCUUAGGUGACCUCUAUGCUCCUCCAGUUCCAUGUCCAGUUGGUACCACCUACCGCCGCAGCAAAGGCUACAGGAAGGUACCAGGGGACAGCUGUAGUGGUGGAGAUGUGGAGUCUAGGCUGGAUGGAGAGAUGCUACCUUGUCCUGUCGGAGAAAGUAACGAGUUCAUCCUAUAUGCUGUGAGAAACUCCAUCCAUCGGUACGACCUGGCCACGGGCACGGACCAGGCCCUGCCUCUGGCCGGCCUCAGGGAGGCUGUGGCUCUGGACUUUGACUAUGACAAGAACUGCCUGUACUGGGCUGACAUCUCACUGGACACCAUACAGCGUCUGUGUCUGAAUGGCAGUACAGGUCAGGAGGUCGUAGUGAGGAAAGACCUCCAGAACGUGGAGGCCCUGACAUUUGAUCCCAUCAGUAGACUGCUCUACUGGGUUGACGCUGGAGCACAGAAGAUUGAGGUUUCUAAUGCUGAUGGAGACUUGCGCCACACUCUGCUCAACUCUUCUAUCCUGGAACAUCCCCGCGCUCUGGUUCUGCUUCCUGGAGAGAGUCUGAUGUUCUGGACUGACUGGGGAGACCGAGCAGCCGGUGUUUACCGGAGCUACAUGGAUGGAACCAAUGUGUCCCGCAUUGUGUCAGAUGGUGUCCGCUGGCCCAACGGGAUCACAGCUGAUGACCGCUGGCUGUAUUGGACAGAGGCCUACAGUGACCGCAUUGAGAGGGCCGACUUCACUGGGCGCGAGCGGAGCGUUCUCAUGGAGGGACUGCCCCACCCGUACGCCAUUGCUGUCUUCAAGAAUGACCUGUACUGGGACGACUGGUCCAGAAUGGGGAUCUUCAAAGCUCCAAAAGCUGGUUCCCAGAACAACGAACUGAUUGUUGGCAGACUAACUGGAGUCAUGGACCUCAAGAUCUUCUAUAAAGGAAAGAAUCGAGGCCAUAAUGCCUGUGCCGACCAGCCCUGCAGCCUACUGUGUCUGCCUCAGCCCGGCCAUCAACACACCUGUGUCUGCCCAGAUGGAACUCCAAUUGUAACCAUGCCCAACGGUGAGCUGCAGUGCCAGUGUCCCACUAGCUACCGGCUCCAAAACAACACCUGCGUCAAGACUGAGCACAGCUGUUUGCCCAACCAGUACCGGUGCACCAAUGGCCGCUGCAUCAGUAGCAUCUGGAAGUGUGACAGCGACAAUGACUGUGGAGACAUGAGUGAUGAACAGGAGUGUCCCACUACAACCUGUGACCCGUCCAACCAGUUUCGCUGCGUGGCCUCAGGUUCCUGCAUCCCCCUUGCCUUCAAAUGUGACCAUGAAGACGACUGUGGAGACAACAGUGAUGAAGAGCACUGUGAGUCUCACCAGUGUGGCCCUGGGGAGUUCACAUGUGCACGCGGCGUUUGUAUCCGUGAGGCGUGGAGGUGUGAUGGAGACAAUGACUGCAGAGACUGGUCAGACGAGGCCAACUGCACAGUGGGCCACCAUACAUGUGAGGCCAGUAGCUUCCAGUGUCACACAGGUCACUGUAUACCACAGCGCUGGAUGUGUGACGGUGAUGACGACUGUCAGGAUGACUCAGAUGAAGACCCUCGAUACUGUGAGGGAACUCGUUGUAAAGGCUUCCUCUGCUCCAAUGACACCUGCCUUCCAGCCACCGUCCACUGCAACGGCAUCCGGGAGUGUCCAGACGGCGCUGAUGAGCACAACUGUGACCCCCUGUGCACUCGCUACAUGGAGUUUGUAUGUAAGAACCGAGCCCAGUGUCUGUUUCAGUCCCUGGUUUGUGAUGGGAUCAAACACUGUGAAGACGGAUCUGAUGAGGACGCCGAGUAUGCAGGAUGUGCCACACCGUCUGAAUUUGGCAAAGUGUGUGAUGCCUACACCUUCCAGUGUGGCAACGGAGUGUGCGUGAGCCUGGAGUGGAAGUGUGACGGCAUGGACGACUGCGGGGAUUACUCUGAUGAAGCCAACUGUGCUGCUCCCACUGAGGUUCCCGGCUGCUCUAGGUAUUUCCAGUAUGAGUGCAGGAAUGGACGCUGUAUUCCCACGUGGUGGAAGUGUGACGGGGAGAACGACUGUGGGGACUGGUCUGACGAGGCCCAGUGUACAGGUGGUGUUACUCCUCACACUGUGGCCCCUGGUCCCUCUACCUGCGCCCCCAACCGGUUCCACUGUGGCUCUGGAGCCUGUAUCAUCAAUACCUGGGUGUGUGAUGGCUACGCUGACUGUCCUGAUGGCAGCGAUGAGCUGGGAUGCCCCACAGUUAAUGGCUCUGUGACGCUGGCUCCAGUGCCCACCCAGGCCCCUCCUCCGCCACCCUCCCCUGGCCGUUGCAGUCGGGGUCAGUUCCUGUGUCGCCGACCCCCCCACUGCAUCCCCGACUGGCAGCACUGCGAUGGACGACCCCACUGCCAGGACGCCUCGGAUGAAGCUCACUGCCCCACCCGUGGGCCUCUGUUCUGUGUGAACGGGACUCGCUGUUCUGAUGGUGAAGCCUGCGUGCUGGACAGUGAGAGGUGUGACGGCUUUCUGGACUGCUCCGACCACAGCGACGAGGACAACUGCACCUUGGACAGCCUGGCCUAUAAAGUCCAGAACCUCCAGUGGACACCAGACGUUUUGGGUACCAUUACUCUGACCUGGUCCCGUCCCAAAAACCUUCCCCUGGACUCCUGCUACUUCAUCAUCUACUACAGACUAGUGGGCAUGCAGCAGUGGACCAUCAUGGACACUCACAGCAACAAGACCAGCUACAAACUGACCGUGCUUAAACCAGACACCACCUAUCAUGUAAAGGUGCUCACUCAGUGUCUCAGUAAGCUGCACAAGACCAACGAGGUGAUCACAGUCAGGACACCAGAAGGAGUGCCUGACCCUCCCAGGAACCUGCAGCUUUCUUGUGAUAACGGUGAGGAUGGGACGGUGGAGGUCUCCUGGAGUCCUCCCGACAAAGGACACGGCCUCAUCAGGGAAUACAUUGUUGAAUACAGUGAGCGUGGAGGUCUUGAUUGGACAUCACAGAGAUGCACCACAACAAAUAUUGAGGUUAAGGAGCUGCAGCCAGAGACUCUGUACAGGUUCAGGGUGGCAGCAGUGACUAGUCGAGGUGUGGGGAACUGGACGGAGGUUAAAUCCAUCACUCCUAAGAAAGCUCUGCCUCCUCCCUCUGUGAUUGCCGACAGCAUCACCACUGACUCCAUGAGUCUUUCAUUCAGCCUAAACUCCCAGUACGAUGUGAAACAGUACAUCGUGAUUCUGUCCUGGCAGUUUGACAAACACGUCAAGGAGAGCAAGAACUACACAGUCAGAGAGGGGAUUCUCAAAGCUACAAACCUGACAGCAGGAACAGUGUAUGAGGUGGCUGUAUGGGUUCACACCAGUAUAGGAGACAGUCCCACUGCCCUCUCCCAUCAUCAGACUACCGGCACGCAGCCAGAAAGACCCGUCCUCAAGGCCAGGGCCCUCAACCAGACAGCUGUGGACUGCAGUUGGACCAUCAGAGGACCCCCUGCACAGACAUAUGGUGUGUUUUACGCCACCUCCUUCCUGGAUCUGUACCGGAGACCUCGCAUGGUCCGCACGACUUCUCUCAGCCUCACAGUCACAGUGGACAGUGAUGAACAGUAUCUCUUCCUGGUGCGUGCGGUCUCUCCCUUCCUGGGUCCUCCCUCUGACUACACUGUGGUGAAAAUGAUUCCCAAUGCGAGGCUGCCGCCAAGGAACCUCCACCGUGUGCGAGUGGACAAAACGCAGGCCACGCUGAAAUGGCAGCCGCCUUAUGACGCCCCAAACACACCUCUGACAUAUGCAAUCCACGUGCGGGACGUGAUCCGUAAAAUAGAGCGGGAUUACAAGCUGACCACACAGAACAACACAGUGGAGUACCUGCUGAAAGGCCUGGAGCCCGGAGGACGAUACAGCAUUUCUGUCCGCCUGCGCAACAUGAGCAAGGAGGCCAGCUUCUCUCUAAGCACAGUUCCUCUUCCAGCUCCUGAGGCCCUAAAGAUCUUGACAGAGAAAGACCACGUGUUCCUCUUCUGGAAGAGUCUGGCUGUCAGAGAGAAAGGCUUCAAUGAGAGCAGGGGGUAUGAAGUACAUGUGCAUGACAGUGUGACCAACCAGACGUCCUACCUGGGAAACACAACGGAGACCUACUUCCGCAUCAGCAGCCUGCUGGUGGGACACAACUACACUUUCUCUGUGCAGGCCCGCUGCCUGCUCAGCGGUCAGUUGUGUGGGGAACCUGCUCUACUACUCUACGACCAGCUGACAGCAGGGGCCAGCGAUGCCUCCCGCAGUGAGGGUCACUCAGGGGACAAGGCAGCAGUGGUGGUCCCCGUCCUCUUCCUGCUGCUGCUCGGAGUGUGUGGUAGCUUGGUGGCACUCUACCUCCGACACCGCCGACUGCAGAACAAUUUUACAGCCUUUGCCAACUCCCAUUACAACUCUCGCUUGGGCUCUGCCAUCUUCUCCUCUGGGGAUGAACUGGGUGAUGAUGAUGAAGAUGCUCCCAUGAUCAGUGGUUUCUCAGACGAUGUCCCCAUGGUCAUCGCGUAGCAAGACAUCCUUCCAUUACCUGUUUCUCUCUCUUCCCUUCUCCCCUUCUCUUCUUCUACCCCCACUCCCCUUUACCCCCAUCACUCCCCAUCAAUGCCGCAGUACGCCAUCGAAAAUCUGUUGAUGGGAACCCCCCCCCCCAAGGAAAACAUGAAGAAAAAUGGAAAAGUGUAAUGAGAGAAAGAGAUAUUUUUCAAAUAUACAAUGCACUUUUUUUUGGAUGCGCAAUAACUUAUUUUUUAUAAUACUAAAUAUAUAUAUAUGUAUGGGGUCAAAAAAAGACUGGGAGGAAGAGGUGGACACUGAAACAAACUGUGAAGGAUUUGAGUUUGUGAAGCGUGCCAGGGAAAGAGAGACCCUAUUUGUAAUGCAAACUCACUAUCCAUAGGAGCGGUUCAUUGCUUAAAGCCAAAAUAAGCAUCCAGAGACUGGAAUCUAGAAUGCAAAAAAUGACACAUACACACAUUGAAAACAAAACACAAAAAAAUAAAUAUUUAGAUAUAUGCUGUAUACAGAAUAUACAAAUAGAAAAUAAUAGAGCAGCAAGCGUUACAUGUUUUGCUGAUAGUACGGUGUGUACUAUAGCGGCGUAUGUAACAUUAGUGCCCAGUGUGAGAGAAUUGGAUGAGUUAACUGUGGAUCGUGUUUCAUCGUUUACAGAAUCUGAAUAGUUGUCUUUGAUCAACAGUUUGGGAAACUGUUGAUUCUUGUGAACGUAUAGAAGUCUUUGACACUCGGCUUAACCAAAAGAUUAGUGAUUGGCUUGGCCAUUGGCACCAUGUAGUGUCCCCAUAGAUACACUUUUAUUUUCCACCACCAGCACACUGUUGUACUGUAUGUAAAGGCAACACAUGUCCCUUGAGAGGAGAAUAUUCCUGUCUUUGAGGGGUAAAGUAUCCCUCAUAGCAUUGCCAAGAUCCUAAAUAUUUGUAAAUAUUGGCUUUUAAUAUGUUCUGUCCUUGUAAUGCUGUACCAUAUCAUUCUGUAAAAUGUGUAUUUUUAUUUUAUUUUUUUUAAAUCAUUCAGGACCACAAAUUAUCGUCCCCGGCAUUUUGCCAUAGCUGUAGUCGUAGAGGAAGUGUGUUUGGGGUUCUCAGGGAACUGUGUCGGAGCGGACACCAGCGCAGCACCACCACCACCACCACCACCAACACCACCAUGGCUUAGGCAGCACUGUCCAUCUACUGUUGAACAGGUGCAGAAACCUUCGAAGAGCUACUGGAUCAGCUGUGGGUGGAAUGACUGGCAGACACAGGUCAUUGUCAGUAGUUGUGAUGAGGAGUCAGGUUCAGGUUGACUGGUUUAGAGAAAUUCAUGCAAAUAUAUACGUUUCUCCGCAUACUUCCAGUAGCAUCUACUCACACAGAUUGGUUUGGUGUCAUUUGCCUGGGUUUUCAGACAUCCGUCGCUGAGAUUUCAAGAGCUGCAUCACUUUCUAAAGACAAUUUCUUGGAUAAUCCAGACUUCGCUGUAUAGUAGCUAGUUUUCUGCUAAAUAGUCCCCAUGAAAUCUUUUGUGACCAGUUACACUAAAAAAAGCCGUAUACUGGAGGCUCGGUCACAUAGUGACUACUUGCAGGGUUAUGGUGGAGCUCGAGAAAUUGGCUCACUUGCUGAGGCAUAAAAAAACAGGUGGGACAGGAAAUAGUGUGGGCAGGGUUGUAAGCAGAUACUGUGGGCUAACAACAAAAUAACAGAAUCGUAAUUCAUACAAAUGAAUCAAAUGAAACAUUUCAUUUUCGUUACCUUCUAUAAAUGUUGCGCUCACUGCACCGAGGCGGCGUCGCUUCUUCUUUGCUGCCUGUGUCCUUCAGCCAUGCAGUUAUAGAAACAUGGAUAGAAACCAAAAAGAAAACCCCAAAACAACGCACCUUUGGUUGUUUAGCUAACCUGUAACAUGCUAGCUAGCUGCUAACAGCAGCUGCUCGGGGCAGCCCGCUCGGUAACGGAGAUUAACAGCGGUAGAUUCAUCAAUUUAUCGUUGUGUUUAUAUGUCACAAAAUAGUGAGGAAUUUCAAUCUCGAGUUUGCUAAUGCUGCUGGGAUCGGGCCUUAACAGGGUUAGUUCCUGGAUGUUCUAUUCACCUCCAACUGUACUGGGUGGCAGCAGGAAUCUCAGAGACUGAUAUCUCAAAACCUGAAAAGUUGUAGGGGUGUGGGGGAAAACCUGUACCUUUUGUUAUUUGGUGAGUCCCUUUAAGGACAGAGAGACCAAUGUUUGGUCAGUACCAGUUGAUUGGACAGAGACAACACCCUGUGAGAUGAUGAUCUCUAUUAUCUCUCUGUCUCAGUAGUACAGAAUCUCACUGCUGUACGUCCCUACAUGUUUAACACAAAAACCAUUUUGGGGAAUCAUCCUCUUUGUUCUGAUCCCACCCCCUCACCUGAUUCUGCACUAUAGUCCAUUAACUGAUACUUGUGUUUUGCCUCUAAGGCUUGAGCCUUUUGAACUGCUGGUGUGCUGCUCUUAUUAACCUUGUUUUGUUUGUCAGGAUGUCUUCAUGAAUGUAUUUUAUAUAUCUAUACUGUUUAAGGUAUUGUCCCAGCUCAUUAUGCUACUGUCACCACCUGUGAAGUGAAUGCACACUCUCUGGUUUUGCCCUUGUUACAGUGAAUUUGUAAAGCACCCGUUCCGCUGUGGACUACACAGGCCUUAUGUUGUUACUCUGUAGACUGGCUUCUGAAAGCAGAUUUCAGCUGUUCCAACCUUCAAAGGCCAAAUUCUUAACCCAGAGCAGCAAACCUUUUCUUUGUCAGGUAAAGCCCAGAAAAUCCCUGCAUCACUCUUCUUUCAUCAUCUCAUUCUUCCCCAUAUCAAUAAACGCUGUCUGUACUAACAUUUAAGACUUCCUCAAGACUUAAGCUGGAUUUCAUGCAGCUCUUCGCCCCGUCGGUGACAUACUUUAUUCUGUUUCUUGGCCUUAAAAACUGAUUUUUCUGGCAUUGAUGCUGUUUUUUGCUCUGUGGAAUUUCUGGUUUUGUGUUUUGCCACAUAAUGCCUUAUUAGAACACAUUUGGUUUCUAUGUAAUGUACUUUUUGUGUGAUGGAUCACAAAUGCACAUGCAUGCAUACACAGUCUGACACACACACACACGCGCGCGCACACACACACUCUACCCAUACAUAAGGCUAAGGAGGCUGAAGAGGAGGUUCCUGUUAGGGCAUUCGGUUAACUUUGUCAGAUCACUGCUCCUUUCUGAGUCGGCUGCUGUAAGCUGCCCAUUUCCUCUGUUUUACUCAUGUAAAAAGUGUAAUUAUUGGUUCUUAUGUGAUUGUUUGCCCCUCACUUGUCUUAAUGUCAACUUUUGUCAAAUAGUUUGCUUCAAAAUGUCAUUUGGCACGGAGUUUAAUCAUGUUGGACUUGGCCAUGUUUGAAGAUGUUAAUGUCUUGCUUGCUUAUCUCAGAGGUUGCAAGAAAACGAAAUGUGUGGAGAAACAGUGUGAGGUGUUUUAAAAACCACUUAUACUGAAAUAAACUUGCUGAAAAUCAAA